AGAGGAGCAGAUGUCCAACGGCAGCUCCAUCAGCCACUUCCUCCUCCUGCCAUUCGCAGACACGCGGGAGCUGCAGCUCUGGCAUUUCUGGCUCUUCCUGGGCAUCUUCCUCACUGCGCUCCUGGGCAACGGCCUCAUCAUCAUCAUCAUAGCCUGUGACCAGCACCUUCACACCCCCAUGUACUUCUUCCUGCUCAACCUCUCUGUUCUUGAUCUCGGCUCUAUCUCCACCACUGUCCCCAAAUCCAUGGCCAAUUCCCUCUGGAACACCAGGGCCAUCUCCUACACAGGUUGUGCUGCACAGGUCUUUUCAUUUGUCUUUUUUGUAGUGGCAGAGUUUUAUCUUCUCACUGUUAUGUCCUACGACCGCUACAUGGCCAUCUGCAAACCCCUACACUAUGGGACCCUCCUGGGCAGCAGAGCUUGUGUCCACAUGGCAGCAGCUGCCUGGGGCACUGGGUUUCUCUAUGCUCUGCUGCACACAGCCAGUACAUUUUCAUUGCCCUUCUGCCGAGGCAAUGCUGUGGAGCAGUUCUUCUGUGAAAUCCCCCAGAUCCUCAAGCUCUCCUGCUCACAUUCGUAUCUCAGGGAAGUUGGGCUUCUUGCAGUUGGCUUAUCUUUAGCACUUGUGUGUUUUGUUUUCAUUGUGGGGUCCUAUGUGCAGAUCUUCAGGGCUGUGCUGAGGAUCCCCUCUGAGCAGGGACGCCACAAAGCCUUUUCCACAUGCCUCCCUCACCUGGCUGUGGUCUUUGUGCUUGUCAGCACAUCAGUAUUUGCCAACCUUAAGCCUCCCUCCACCUCCUCCCCGUCCCUGGAUCUGGUGGUGUCAGUGCUGUACUCAGUGCUCCCUCCAGCAGUGAACCCCCUCAUCUACAGCCUGAGGAAUCAGGAGCUCAGGGAUGCUGUGAGGAAGCUGGUGACUGGAUGUGUUUCAGCAGCCGGUACUGAGAGAAUGAAGAAGCCUCUCAGGAAACAGAAGGCACAAGAAAACCUCACGUUUUUGAGGGUGCUGGAGGCCCCACUGUCCAUGGAGGCCUUUGUGCGUUUUAUCUUCAGAGUGGCCAAGCCCUGA